UUCCCUUUUUCCUCUACAACUUUUCUCUCCAAAGAGGAGAGAUCCAGAUUCCCAGCUUUCAAGUUUCAACCUCAAGAUCUCGCUCUCUGCUCCACUGAGUUCUCAUCUCAGUAAUUGCAACUCCGUAAAAAAUGUCAAGAAGGCCAAAUACCUCUCGUCGUCUUGGAGAUGCUGGGAGCAUUCCGUUUGUUGGCUCCUUUCACCCGAAAUCACGUCCAUCUCCUUUAUUGUCUAUAGGACUUGUGGUUGUGGGUGCAUUGUUGAUUAUUGGUUAUUUAUAUCACGGUUCAGGUGGAGCUGCUGAUGCUUUCAGUAGACUUGAAGGUGGUGUUUCAUGCACAUCAGAACUUCAAAGAGCAUUACUGCUAUUGAAGAAAGCAUAUGGCGACAGCAUGCGGAAAGUAUUGCAUGUGGGCCCUAAUGCUUGUUCUGUGGUGUCUACACUGUUAAAAGAGGAGGGUACUGAAGCAUGGGGUGUUGAACCCUAUGAGUUAGAUGAAACUGAUGGAAAUUGCAAAAGUCUUAUUUACAAAGGAAUUGUGCGAGUAGCUGAUAUCAAGUUUCCUCUUCCCUACCGUUCAAACUCAUUCUCUCUCGUAAUUGUGUCGGAUGCAGUGGAUUACUUGUCUCCAAAAUAUCUCAACAAGACUCUUCCAGAAUUGGCAAGGGUGGCUGCUGACGGUUUAGUUGUUUUAUCUGGUUAUCCAGGUCAGCAAAGGGCUAAAGUGGCAGAACUCUCAAAAUUCGGCCGCCCUGCCAAAUUGCGGAGCUCAUCCUGGUGGAUUAGAUUUUUUGUUCAAUCCAGCUUAGAAGAGAAUGAAGUUGCAAUCAAGAAGUUUGAACAAGCAGCAAGCGAGAAUUCUUAUAAACCGGCCUGCCAAAUUUUCCACCUCAAACCAGUCCACUGAGAUCACUUUACCAAAUUAUUGUUUGCCACCACACUCUGAUGCUCCAAUGGUGAAAUAUAAUUAGUGUUGAAUUGGCAAUUUUGUUGUAGGAAGUUGGUUCUGUAAGAUAGCCUCCAUGAAUAUACUACAAUAGGGGCUUGGUAUUGCUUCUUGUGGCUGCAGCACCCAGCUUAUCAUAUUCAGACCUGACUUGAUUAUUGUGUAACAUCAAACACAAAGUAAUUUAUUAUUCAUUUAUCAUAUUGUAAGUUUCCCUCAGAACUGCUUAUUCCAUUUAUAAACUAGUCUUACAUUAUCUUGAUACA